GAUGAUGACGUGACGCAUUCCACGUUGGCCCGGACGUGGCAGUCGGUACGGGGAUUUUCCGAAAUAAUAUCGAACAUUUCUUACACCUUUGUCUUUUGUUUUAAGAAUUAGGGUAUUCGCGGAGGAAUCAAACAUCACCUAGCAGUUAUGGGGCUGACUUUAUCUUCAGUGUUUGGUCGACUUUUUGGCAAAAAACAAAUGAGGAUUUUAAUGGUUGGUCUGGAUGCAGCUGGAAAAACUACCAUCUUGUACAAGCUGAAGCUUGGCGAAAUAGUAACUACCAUCCCAACUAUAGGUUUCAAUGUGGAGACGGUGGAAUACAAAAAUAUCAGUUUCACCGUGUGGGAUGUGGGUGGCCAGGACAAGAUCAGACCUCUGUGGCGACAUUACUUCCAGAACACACAGGGCCUCAUUUUUGUUGUGGACAGCAAUGACAGAGAAAGAGUGGCUGAGGCUGCAGAGGAGCUCUCGAAGAUGCUGGGCGAGCAAGAGUUGAAGGAUGCCGUGUUGCUGGUGUUUGCCAACAAACAGGACCUCCCCAACGCCCUGUCUAUUAACGAGCUCACCGAAAAAUUAGCUCUCAACAAGCUGCGGAACAAAGAGUGGCACCUUCAGCCGACCUGUGCCACCCAGGGCAGCGGCUUGUACGAAGGACUGGACUGGCUUUCUGCGGAGCUGUCCAAGUAGAUGCGGCCCAACGAUAAGGAUGAAAGCCUGAACUUUCACACGGACAUUCAACGUUUGGUCCUCCAGCUGCGGAGGACAUGGCUGAUGGCCAGUAGUUUUCUUUUUUUUUUUUUUAAAAUGUUUUAUGACAGGGGCGGUUAAGGUGUUGUCGAAUUGUCCGAGUUUCAUUCUAUUGUCUGACCAGCAAUCUGUGAGUGUCAUCAUAAAAAUGAUGCAAUUUGACCACUUGAGUAAUUCCAGUCUGAUAUUAUUAGGUUAAUGUUUCUUAUGUUCUGAUCAGUGGCUACUGACCAGGAUUUGUUUUUGAAGUGUUCUUCCACAGCAUUGCCUCCCACUGAAUGGAUCCAAAAAGGAACAUUGUGCCUUUUUUCUCAUGCUUUAUGCUUAUCACCUACCGAAGAUGUUGUGACUUUAAAAAUACAAAAGACUUCUUUGUACUGUUUUUCUGGGUGCACUAUUUUCCUAACCAAAAGUCUGCUCGUAACAUUUUGUCAAGGCUAGCAAGAUUGUUACAUCUAACUGUUUAAAUACAAAAAAAUGAUUCAUUGUGUACUCAUUGCAAAAGUGAUCUGCAUGACAAUAAUUGUUGAUAUUUCUUUUGCUUGUAAUGUUUGCUCGCAAAUACUUAAUAUUUAGUGCGAUUCUCUUGUUACCUAAUUCUUGUCUAAGAAAUAAACAUCUUUUCUGAGAGCCAAUUGAA